AUGACGGAAUUAAAGGUUGAGAGCGCCGGACAAUUGGAAUCUGAAAUCAAAAAAAUCCAGGAAACGUUUCAACAAAAAGAAACCGAACACACGUGGCAAUUGUUUGAUGAUGCAAUAAAACGUCUGAUAGCCUUGUGUCGUGGUGGUGCCGUCAAUUAUGAAAAGUCAUUCUUAAAUGGAGUUAAAUCGUUAAGGCAACCUAUUGUGGAUUCGAUGCUAACAGAACGGACACGACUGUCUGGGACCGCGACCGAAUUUGUAGAGGAACUUGCUAGGAUUCUCGGGUCAAAAUUUGAAUCUUUGUCUGAAAUGUAUGUGCCUGCAAUUUUAAAGUUGUGUACGCGCGCCAAUAAGAUUUUUGUCAGUCGAGCCCAGAAGUGUAUGAUAUCCAUUAUUCGUUGUUGUCAACUUCCAAGUUUGCUACCAAAGCUCAAAGAAUCGAUGCAGGGUCAGAGUAAAACACUGAGGACCUGUGUGGCCGAAUUUGUGUUAACCAUUAUUGAGGUUAAUGAUGUUGGAAACUUGAACAACUAUAUUUCUGAUUUGGAGUGGUUAAUAAGAGAGGGAGCCAUAGAUUCUACUCCGGCCGUCCGUUCGACCAUGAAAAAGACAUUCGAAAUUUAUAAAACAAAAUUCGACUUGCGAUUAGGAGAUUUUAUCGCCACCUUACCUUCUCAAGUGAAAAAAAACUUGAAUGUGCAAGAACAAUUGACGACAAUUAGUCAGCGCCCACGAAUUAGGGCGUUACAGCAAAAUCGCAAAGAGAAUGCACAACCGCCACAGGAUGAUGUUGUCAUAUAUAUGAAAGAUGAAGAGAAGUCGAGUAACAAAGGUGUUUUUAUUCCCGAGAAAAAGGCUGUAAAGAAAGAAGAAAAUGAAUUUACGAUUGAUUUCAGAUUACCAGCGUCGAAAAAUAAGUCGGAGAAUUCGGUGGCAGCAGAGAAAGAAAAUCCUAAUCCGUCAAUCAUGCCAGUCGUACCAUUCAUGGGCACCACGACGACAGUCACCGGGUUUGCUGCGACAAAACGACCAAAGUUGUCGUCAGCUCAACGUUUUAAGUCCCAACCUGCCAUCACCUCAACCGCUCAGCGCGUACCCUCCAAACCUGUUAAAGCACAAUCGACCAGUAGUUUAACUACACUCAAUCGAGAUAAUCCAACUGGUAACGGAAAUGAGGAAAAGACGAAGGCUAGCCGUGUUUUGAAUACCAACAAGACUAACACGAAAUCCGCCCGACCUCCACCACCACGCACAAUAAGUGCACCAACAGUUAGUCCUUCCAAAUCCGACAAAAAAGUACAACCACCCGUCAACAUCAAGAAAAAGUCGGCGCCUGUUACCUACGGCAGACCUGCGGCGAAGGAAUCAAGGUCUAUAAUGAAUUCUACGCCAAAGCCGACAAAAGUGACCGCGACUGCUACUACGACUGCUGAUGGAUUGACCACAACUGCCACCAUAUCAGUAUCCAUAUCUGCUGUCUCUACACCAGUCAAUCGAGCACAGGUAACACCCGAUAAAAACGCGGUAACAUCGAGUGCACGUCUUUUUGGCAGAACCAAAGAUCGCCAAUUCACUCCGUACCAAAAACCGGCCAUCGGAUUCGCUACUAGAAAAUUUAAGGCACGGUCAAUACCCGACUCCUUGGAGUUGAACUCUAAAAUCAAUGCCUAUGCCAACAAACUUAUUGAAGAAUUAACAGGACAGCGAGAGAUCAUCAGUGAAAAUAUUAAUGAUGAAGUCAUUUCGGUCGAGUUGACGAAAAUUGAAGAACAAAUCUUCGAGACCAAUCCAGUAAGAAGCAGAUUGUCACUAAAACAAGCGCUUCCUGCCACACAAGUUAUUACACCUCUUCCAGUUGACCCAGCACCACCGCUUUCAUUUGUCGAUCCGGUGAAGUUUUUGGAAGAUGUCCGUGAGGCAGCGGAAACAAACAAAGAGAAUGAAAUGAUUGGAGAGAACGAUGAUAAGGUAAUAGUUUCAGACGCCGUCACCAAAUCCGCCAUUUGUGAAUUGGUUGAAAGGACCAAUGAAGUAAAAAUAGAAGGUGAAUGA